UAGCGGUCAUACGCCUUGUCACGUCGCUAUGCAGUUUGGUCACGAGGAGGUGUUUAAAAUACUAGUGGAGAUUUAUGGAGCCGAUCCGAACAUGAGGGACUGGAGCGGACGGAAGCCUCGUCAGUACCUCAUGAACAAGGACACGAGCCUAUCGGCGGACACUUACCGCAAACUAAACGCCCGAAAACACAAAAACGCAGAAAAAGAUCUAGGAUUUUUGAGGAUUGGAUCCCUGAACGUACGCGUUAAACGCACCACAGAAGCAUUCAGUCAUUUCUUAGGCGUCGGAGGACAGAAUGCGGAGAAAAUCCAUAAAACAUGGGGUUCAGCCGACAACUUGCAGAAUGAUGCAAAGAGAAUGCCCCCUCCUAAAAGUGUUUCAAUUAAAAAAAGAAAAUCUAAGAAGCCGCAAGACUUUUUGAGAAGGGCUUCCGCUCCAUCCGAAAGAUCACCAGAAAAAAGAAAAUCAGACACAACUGGUGAUUCAGACUCAGAUACGGCUUGUGGAUUUGGCAACAACUGGCACCCAUCAUAAACUAAAUAUAUAGUCUAUUUCUAAAGUAUACUUUCAAUACGCUCGAUAUGGAUCAUUAAUAAUUUUUAAGUACAUCAUAGAGUUAAUCGAUCAAAUAUUAUUUUUUUUUUUAUAAAUAUCUUUUAAUUUUUUUUAUAAAAUGUAAUUAUCUAUUUUGUUAUUUUAUUUUAUUAGUUAAUAUAAUUAUUACUUAUUUUUUUAUUUGUGGCUAUUAUUUGAUUACCUAUUGGUUUUAAAUUAAUUAGCUCCCAAGCAGCCUAAGUCAGUUUUUAAAAGUAUUAAUUCUUUUAAAUAAUAAACUCAUGAUAAUACAUUUCAAUAGUAGG